UUAUAAAUAUCUGUGUAGCCGAUGAAGUCACAACAAAUAAAAGCUUUGUUCACCUGUAUCUAAGUUGAAGCAAAGUUGGCACCCGCAUCCCAGAGCUUGAUAGUAACUCGCUGGCCAAGGCGCCACCACCACCACCACCAGUGUACCACCACCAGUCUUGGCCCGGCCACUCCUUGUGAUGUGUGUGACGUGUGACGUGUAUGCGUGUGUGUAGUAAGUUGUGGUUAGCAUGCGGUAGGUUGGACGGCCGUGGAUAUGAUAGACUGUAUGAGGCUAGAAUUGAAUAAUACUUGGUGUACAAAUACCAAACCAGGAAUAAUCGUGUGUCACUGGCAUAGUGUUUGUUGCCUGCCCGAAAGUGUCGUUAGCUGGGUGUUGGCUGCCCGAGUGUCACCGGCGAGGUGUGUUGCUUGUGUAGUUGGCAGGGCGUGCUGCCUCUGCCCGUGUGGUGCUGCGGCGGUGUAGUGGUGGUGGCUGGCUGUCACAGGCGGUGCGAGCAUAAUUAUGUUCGUGCACCUCUGGCUGGGUGUUGGCUGCCCGUGUUGUGCUGUGGAAUAUAUUUAGACUUUUGUUCAGAAAAAUUAUUGCUUUGAUGGCCAAUGCUUCUAAUGAAACUCAAGCCCCCCGGUGUAUUUUAAUGUAAGAGGUAUAUUGCAGCGUACUGUAAUAUCGCGUCAGGUAACUGGCAAGUGUUAUGACAAAACUAUUCCCAAGUGUUUAAUUUAGCAUGCAUAACCAGCAUGUCAAGUCAGUAAAGGUACAUAUAUUGUUUAUAAAGCAAUAACAAUAUAAACCAAAUAAAACCAAAUUAUUUGCAACAAGUUUCAUACUUGUACGCGUAUGCGUGUACGCCGAGACAGUGACGAGUUAAAGCAUCUCAAGGAGCAUCAUCGAUAAACCCAAGUUGUGGUCAUCCGCCAUGACUUAGACUCGGCGAGGUCGCUGUAAGGGAGCAAGGCUGUCGGGACACGUUCCUCCCAAGGUCGAGGCCAAGGCGGACAGGAUGACCCGGAAGAAUGGCCUGCCGCCCAAGGCCAACGGCACCCUUGUCAGGAAAAAAGACCCUCAGCUCAUCACGAGAGAACCUCGCAGAGUCUCAUUAUCCAAGGGUACAACAGGACUUGGCUUCAAUAUCGUCGGUGGAGAAGAUGGUGAAGGAAUAUUCAUUUCAUUUAUUUUAGCCGGAGGGCCAGCCGACUUGUCUGGAGAGCUAAGGCGUGGCGACCAGAUUAUCAAUGUUAAUGGCACUGACUUGCGAACUGCUACCCAUGAACAGGCAGCGCAAUCUCUCAAGUAUUCGCUACAGGGAUGUGGGCAGACGGUGAAUUUGACGGUGCAAUACAAACCUGAUGAGUACAAUCGCUUUGAGGCCAAAAUCCAUGAUCUUAAGCAACAGAUGAUGUCUGGCACGCUCAGAACUACACAAAAGCGAAGUCUCUACGUCAGAGCCUUAUUUGACUAUGAUCCCAAUCGGGAUGAUGGGUUGCCCUCCCGUGGCCUUGCCUUCAACUAUGGAGAGAUCCUUCAUGUCACUAAUGCCUCAGAUGACCAGUGGUGGCAGGCACGACGGGUCUUGCCCACUGGAGAGGAAGAAGGAACUACUGGAAUCAUUCCCAGUAAAGCACGAUGGGAGAAGAAGCAAAAAGCAAGAUUGCGUUCUGUGGCUUUCCAGGGGAAGAACAACAGUGAUGCAAGGCAAUCAACAUUGGAAAGAAAGAAAAAGACUUUGUCAUUUAGUCGAAAAUUCCCAUUCCUAAACAAGAGUAAAGAUGAUAAGUCGGAGGACGGGUCCGACAAUGAACUUGAUGAGGACUUUGAAGCCUCCAUAGCUACAAAUGACGGAGAAAGCGAUAGCCGAAGCAUGAGAGGAGAUGACUACAUCAUCCUAAGCUAUGAAGGAGUGCAACAAAUUGAGAUCUCAUACACUCGACCUGUGGUGCUCCUAGGACCCCUCAAAGACAGGAUUAACGACGACCUCAUAUCAGAAUUCCCAGAAAAAUUUGGCAGCUGCGUCCCUCAUACUACUCGACCACGAAGAGAAUAUGAAGUUGAUGGGCGAGAUUACCAUUUUGUGGCCUCAAGAGAACAAAUGGAAAGAGACAUCCAAAAUCAUUUAUUCAUUGAGGCUGGCCAAUAUAAUGACAACCUCUAUGGAACAUCUGUUGCAUCUGUAAAAGAAGUUGCUGAAAAGGGAAAGCACUGCAUACUUGACGUCAGUGGAAAUGCAAUCAAGAGACUUCAAGUUGCACAGUUAUAUCCCAUUGCAAUUUUUAUCAAGCCUAGAUCUGCUGAACAAAUAAUGGAGUGGAAUAAAAGAAUGACGGAGGAACAAGCACGGAAAACAUAUGAGCGUGCAUUAAAAGUUGAAGGAGAUUUUGGAGAGUAUUUUACUUCAAUUGUUGCUGGGGACACUCCAGAGGAGGUGUACGCUCGGGUCAAGGAUCUGAUCCACCACCAUUCUGGACCUAAGAUUUGGGUGACCUGCAAAGAAAAGUUAUAAGGUUAGGCGACUCCCCUUGUGGGGUCAAAUGGAGCAUCUAGCACCUAGACAUUUUGUUGCAUGAAAGAAAUACUCUAUCUUAAUGAGAGAACCUGUUUCUACUAUAUGCUUGGAAACAUUAUAUUGACACAGCCUUUAAUCUUUAAAUCCAGAUAGCUUAUGUCUGUUACAGAUAAGCUGAGGAUCCUAGAGUGCAGUAAAACUCGUUAUGUGAUGACUCAGGUGUGUCUUGGGACUCGUUGAAUACAGUUGCUUUGUAUGAUUUUGUAGUCAUCCGUUGUAUCUGAAAAUGAUGGAUCCUGUUCAACAUGAAAUUUUUAAUUGUAUUUAAUGUUUUAUGCCUUUUAUUGCAAUGUGAAGAUUGUGUCCUUGACAAUAGGGGUGUAGUAGUCUCGUGCUGAGUAAUACCAGGUAGACACAAUGUAACUUCAAUUAAAAAUAUUACCAAACCUGUGUGGUUACAGAAAUGACAGCAUGUAAGGGAAUACCUGUAUUAAACAGUUGUCAUGUAUAAUCUUCAAUUUGAAGUUUAUUCUUUAAUUUGAAUUUUGUUUUAUUCUGUGAGUCUUGCCCAAAUAUUUGCAUUCCAUCAAAUAAAUUUACUAGUCAUUAAUGUUGUGCAAAAUCCCGUGGGAAAAUCUUGGUUGCAGAUUCAGGCGCUAAUCCUUUUGAUACACUGUUGACUCGAAGGGUAAAAAAUAUAUAGUGCGCGCAUAUGACGGGCAAUUAUUGUCUUUAUUCUUUCAAUUCAAUCUAGUAUUUUCAGGUAGCUGUGUAAUCCAAAAGGCUAUGUCAUAAACUAUUGACAGCAUAUGGGACAAAUCAAACUUCAUACACAAAAACUUCAUAUGGACUUACCAAAUUUUU